UCUCUCUCAGUGGCAGGGCGGCUAGUUCAAGUUGCCAUAGCGGCGGUGGGGCGGCUGUUGGACAGUUGGAGCCGGAGGCGUCCGGGAGUCAUGCUUCUUUCCUGACAGCUCUUCUCAUGUGUGAAGGCGCGGAUUCCAAUGGCAGAUUCAUCCAGCGACUCUGAUAACUUCCAUCACAGAGUUGGAAGACGGGGUCCUAUAAGAGCAACCAGAAUCCGAAAUCAUGGAACUGAAGAUGUUACAGAGAAGAUUCACACCUUAGCAAAUACUUUGCAGGAUGCAAAUUGGAACCUAAGACAUGUGGAUCAGAUGUUGGGCCAGUAUCGAGAGUAUAACAGUGAGCAAGCAGAAACAAUUGCAAAUCUUAAAGAAACUUUGGAACAGUCCCUGGGCCAAUUAAGGAACCAACGAUUAUUGAGAAAUUCUGGCGUAAGAAGUGCAUCUCUUUCAAGCUUGUAUGCAAGUGACCUGGAUGGUGGAGCUCCAGAAGUUCAUCAUUUCAAGCCUACCUCUCCCCUCAGAGAUUGCAGUGCAACACUGGGUACCAGGCACCCGCGAUCUAGAUCUGCUGUUCGAUUUGUUGAUCAGCGAGGUAACUUGGACCAGCUGCAUUCUUUACACCAGUCACUUAGAGACCUCAGCAGUGAACAAAUUCGUUUGGGAGAUGACCUCAGCAGAGAACUUGCAAGAAGAAAUCGAAGUGAUGCUGAAACAAAAAAAAGAUUGGAAGAUUUAUCUGGCAGACUUGAUGAAUCGCAAAGACAGGAAUUGGUAUCAGAGCGGGUAGAGAGAAGACUUCAAGAGAUUGAACAAGAAAUCCGGUCAGAAAGACAUUUGGUAGAAAGACGCCAAGACCAACUGGGACACAUGUCUGUGCACCUGCAGGAAGCUUUAAAGCAACAAGAUGCUAAAGCUAAUGAAGCAGAGAUUGUCUUGAAAAAUAAAAUUGCCAAAAUGGAAGAUGAAAAAAGCAAACUUGAACAGGUUUUGGAGCAUUCCCGGAGGAAACUGGAUCAUUCAGAAAGCAGUAGAGAUGUUCUUCUCCACCAGAUUGAGGAUCUCCGUUCCCAACUCCUUAGAGCAGAAGAGGACCGUUUGACUCUGCAGCAUCAAAUAUCUCAGGUUGCUAAGCAUCACCGAAGCCAUCUAGAGCAGCAGGAUGACAAGAGGAAGCAAAGAGUUGUUGAGAGGUCUGAUCCAGAGAAACAAGAGAUGGAGAAACAGAUCUGGGAAUUAAGAGCACAAUUAAACCACAGUGCUGUAAUGUCAGAGAUAGAGGAGCUGAAGCGAUGUGUUGAGCGCAAAGACAAAGAGAAGAUGCAGCUUGGAAUGCAAAUAGAGGCUUUAACAGCUGACUUGGAAAAGAGGGAGAACCAGCAGCAAAGGAUGUUGAGCCAACUGAAGGAGAUACAGAACAACUAUAAAAUCUGUGAAAAUGAGUACAGAGCUGCAGAAGCACAGGUUACAGAUCUAGGUCAACAACUAGAACAGUCAACCAAGGAAGCGGAGAAGUACCUAGCUGAUUUCAAGCAAUCUGAAGUACUAAGGCUAGAGAUUGAGAAGAAAAAGGAGGAGUUAAAACUCAAAGCUCAGGAAUCAAUUCGAUACUGGAAAUUAAGGUGUAAAAAACUAGAACAUGAAAAAGAAAAACAAACUGAACUUCAUAGCCAGUUGAUGGAGAAGAACAAUUUGGUUCUUAAAGAAAAGGAUGAAUUGAAGAGCCAGCUUCUUUCAACUAUGCACCAGAUGGAAAAUCUUCAGAAGGAACUGACAGAUGUUCUUGAGAAAAGGGCCAGGCAAGAAGAGGAGAUGCACUGUAAAGAAAUGAAACUCAGUGAAACUAGAUCCUUGCAGAUGGCUCUUGAAGAAGAAGUCAGGGAUGUCAGAAAAACUACGGAUAAACUUGAGAACAAAUUGCAGAAGGAGAGUCUAAUACAGACUCAGAUAAGAACUGAGAAACAGCAUUUAGAGGAAGAACUUGCAAGUAUCAACAUGAUCCAUGAAAAGGAUCAGACAAGAUUGUCAGAGAUGCAAGCAGUUAUAAAAAAUUUGAGUGCUGUUCGGGCUGAACUAGCCAACCAAAUAGCAGAAGAGGAGAAAUCCAAAAAAGAAAUGGGGAAAUCAGUAAUGGAACUGCAGAAAAAAGUUGAAUCUGGUCAGGAGGAGAUGGCUAUCCUCAAUAAGCAACUGAAACUGGAAAGAGAUGUCCAUAAACAGGAGCUGGCAGAACUUCAGUCAGAAUUGCAGCAGAUGAAAGCCAGACAUGACCAACGUGUCCAAGAGAUGAUGAAGCUAUUCAACCAAGAAAAAGAGGCAGCGGCUAAUCACAUUGGAAUGUUGAAGGCAGAACUUGUAGAAGAAAGAAAUUUUGUAAAGGCUCAUCGUCGACAAGUAGAAAAAAUGAAAAUUGAAUGCGAUAAGCUAACAGCGGAGCUAACUCACAAGGAAGAAGAAAAUGCAAAAAUUAAACGAAAAUGCCACAUAAUAAAACAGGAGUUAGAUGAAAAGAAUAAAAGAAUAAAUAGUGAAGAUGAUCAGCUAAGGAGAUUAGAUGAAGAAAGGCUUCAACUUCAUGAUCAACUGCAAGGUCUUAAAAAUGAACAGGAAUCCAUCUACUCUAUGAUAGGAAGUGAAAUUGAUGCAGCUUGUCAAGUCUUUUCAAGAGAUUCUAUGGAGAAAAUCACAGCAACAUCACUUAUACCUGGGAUACCAAAUGAUCCUCAUCGCUGGUUAGCAGAGACAAAAACUAAACUUAGAUGGCUUUGUGAAGAAGUGAAGGAGAGAGAGACGAAGGAAAAGAAGCUCCGUCAUCAUCUGUUACACAGCCGAGAGCAAUUAAAGCAGCUGACCUUCAGCCAGGAGACUGAGCACCAAAACCUCAUAGGCCAGAUAGAAAAGCAGGAGCAACUACUAGAAGAAGUUUGCCAGGAGAAGAAAUAUCUACUGGAAAAGACUAUCAGGAAGGAAGAAGAAAUAUGUACACUUCAGGAACGAAUAACAGCAUUGGAAACAAGUACUCAGUUAGCCUUAGAACAUCUGGAAUCUGCUCCUGAGAAACUGAAUCUUUUUGAAGAUUUCAGAGAUUUUGGGAAUUCUCAUAGUCAGAAAGAAAUUAUUGAAAAAAGAUACAAUAAAUACAAGCAGCUUGUGGGCUCAUUACAGCAGCAUCUGGAAGAUUUAAAACACAGACUUGAAAACUUCCAAGAUAAGAAAACCGAUGCUGAUUUUUCUGCUGUCCAGAGUGUACCUUCCAACUGGCAAACCAGCACCAGCUUUAUGACCAGCUCCUUGCUUUCUAACUCUGAAUCAUUUACCAAAAGUAGUGUUCCUAUGGAUUUAAAUGCAGCUAAAAAAGAUACCAUCAGCAGCUCUGUGAACAGGAUGAAGCUAUGGACAGAAAAGGAAAAGCUCUAAAGCAAGAAGACAGUGAACGAUUUCACUGUAGAAAAUUCAGCUCUGCAUCUUUAGUUUUUGGCUGCAGCCACAGUCAAGUGCAGCUAUAUUUAAGAAAGCAUUUGGGAGCCCUGGUUCAAGAAUUGCCAAAUAUUGAUAGGAUUUCAGUUAUUAUUUAAAACAAGGCAAGCAAAAUGUGAAGAUGCACCAUAUAUUGUAAAAUGCCAGAUUGCCUGGUGUCCUCUUUGGUUUCCUUCUACCAGUUCUCUACCAGUCCUUUCUGAAUAUAUUUUACUGAGAAAAAGAGAAAUAAUGUGUGUCUGCAUAGACACACCUGCACAGACACAGAAGCUUUGUAUGUUUUAACUUCAAAGACUUGACAGUAUUUUGAUUGAAGAAUAAAAUAUAAAUACACUUUGUGAUAAUCAGGAAAUGCUGAAUAAAAAUGGUUUUUUCUGUGUAUACAUGUUUUAUAAUAUUAAGAGAUGUGCAUGCAUAAUAGCAUUUUACAACAAAAGGUGCCACAAAUGUAUUAUGCAAUGAUUACAUUAUAAUGAUUAUUAAUAGACUUAGUUUAUUUCUGAAACAAUGAACUGAAUUUCCUCCACCUGAUCCAUGUUAAGAGAAAAAUAUAGCCUAAUCCAAAAUUGGAGGAACUCUUUCUAAUGAACUAUUUUUCUGAUUAAGCACAAAGAUAAUUUUGUUCCUAAAAUCUAAAACAUCCUGAUAAUGUAAUGAUAUACUUUUGGUUCUAUUUGUUAGAAGAGUCCCAGAGGUACAAUAUUUAAUUUUGUAUUACAGAUCUCCUAGAGACACUUGUAAAUUGAUAAACAGAUUGAGAACUUUUGACAGGAGAGGUAUUUUUAUACAAAUAUUCAGCCUUUUAAGACAAGUAUUUCCCAUAAUCAUAGCAUUUUUACUCUUGCUUUAUGCCAUUUAUUGAAAUGUUAAUGGAAAUGUACAGUAUUUUGGCUCUCUAUUAUGAAAUCUGGAUUAAUUCAGCUCUUUCCUUUCUUGACAUUUUAAUAAAGUCCUGAAGUA